CUUAUGUCACAUAAUAUUGAAGACACCAAAGUAGCUUUUUUGCUUUUAUGUCUUGGGGAGCUAUGGCAAAACACUUGGGGUGGGAUGUCAUAGAACAAGAGUGGAGGAAGGGUCCUUGGACAGCUGAGGAAGAUAGGUUGCUCAUUGAAUAUGUCAAGUUGCAUGGUGAAGGAAGAUGGAACACUGUAGCUAGCCUUGCAGGAUUGAAAAGGAAUGGAAAGAGCUGUAGAUUUAGGUGGGUGAAUUACUUGAGGCCAGACCUCAAGAGGGGACAAAUCACCCCUCAUGAAGAGACCAUAAUUCUCGACCUGCAUGCUAGGUGGGGGAACAGGUGGUCAAUGAUUGCACGAACACUUCCAGGAAGAACUGACAAUGAGAUUAAAAAUUACUGGAGGACUCAUUUCAAGAAAAAGUCAAAGGCCUCCCCAAAUAACAACGAAAAGGCGAAGGCUCGCCUUCUAAGAAAGCAACAAUUUCAACAGCAGCAGCAACAACAACAACAACGACGACAACAGAUAAACCAAGUAGACAUGAAAAAGAGGAUGUCAUAUUUACUUGAUGAAAAUGAAAAUGGAGUGCCAUCUCUAGCUCAUCAAGUGAGGCAAGAAAUGGCCACAACCAUGAAUCCCAACACAGCUGACGAACAAGGCUUGUUGUAUUCAAUGUUCAUUGGCUAUGCAUAUGUGCCUGAACCCCCCAAGGAAGACAACAUUUUGUGGGAGGGCUUGUGGAACUUGGAUGAUAAUGCACAUGGCAAUCUUGGCAUGGCUUGUGCACCAAACAAAGCUUGUUUGCAUAGUCUAUCCACUCCCUUCUAUUGAUUUCACAAGUUUUGGCCUUUUAUCUUUAGAAAAUAUUACGUGUAAUCCUAUUUUUUACUAUAUUUUUUCAUCUCUAAAUACAAGUGAAUGGAUCUAAUAUGUAUUUAUUAAUGUUA